GGAAAAUGGAUGAACCUCUGGUCAUGUUAUAUCGCACAAGUGUCUUAAUUGCAGUGGAAAUAUCACUGCCACACUAUACCAUCCUUUAUGAGGAUACUUGCCUGUCUGUUCGCCUGAGACUGCUUGCUUCUUCCCCAUUGAGCCUGCUUGAUUGCAUACCUGGCUUUGCCAUGCAUGGAACUUGAGUAUUCUUAGCUAGUAUGCAUGUGUCUUUCUUUGGCCUAAGGGAGUAAAAAACACUUACUAUUGCCUUAAAAUGGAAUUUUUCACUUUGUAAUGUAAGAGAAGAAAAUGUGAUAUAGUUGAUUUAAAUUGUAAUGGAAUUUGAUGACUGUAAAAUAUGAUUCCAGCUACAUAUUUGAUUCAAACUGUUGUUUCUCAUAUGUAAGCUAAUAAAAUUUUGUCCUUGUGGUAUCUGGUUGAGUUACAUGAUAUAAUUCAAGAAAGUAGAUGUCAGUUUCUUGUCCCUGAUGCCAUAUUUUGGAGAUGAAGGAAUUGUGGGAAGUUGCUGACUGUGGUGGCCCUGCGUCACUGUUGACAGACGUUAGCGGCAUUGAGACAGUUGUGAUUGAAUGAAAAGACAAUGAAGCUAUGUUUUGGUGUUGAGUGUUGGUGAUAAAUGGUCCACUCCUGGGAAUGUUACAGAGACACAAGUGGUCCUAGUGAUGGUGGAAAUGAUACUUCCAAACCACACCAGCAUUACAAGGCAAAAUCUUCAGGCAGCAGAAAGGAAUGGCAUCGAAACGGGAGAAGAUUUAUGAUGGUGACCCUCCUAAGAAAAGCGAGGCUGAUGCAACUGGAAGAAGCUGAAAAAGAACCCGUUGACUCGCCUGGCAAUAUCAGCAGAUAUGCUGUGGGUCCCAGAGGUGGCGCUGCACAGUGCAUAGGAGCUACGGAAGCAGCAGAGGAAGCUGGUGGCAGAACAGUUUUUGAAUCAAGCAAGAGGAAACGUAGUCACAUUGACAAUUGCUCAGAUACUGAACGAUUUUGGGGCCCACGGGAAGGCCAUGUUGAGAAGAGAGCAGUGAAACCAAGUGAAGGAGAAGUUGCUGAAUUAGAGAUCCUUGCAAGACGACAGGUGAAAAGAAGGCGGAGGAAUGACAAACCUCUGGACAAAAAGUCGGAGUUACACAGCAGAACCUUCUGGCUGUGAAGAUGAUGACAUUCUGAUCAUGCAGGUUGACGAAGAGCUCCUGAAGGAGAUGGAUUUGUUAUUGAAAGAUGUGAUGUUAUGAUUGUCAAGUUGAAUGGAUUUCUGUAAUUUUAUGUUAAUAAAUCUCUAGUUAUAUAAACAGAAA